CGCCAGCAUCGUCUUGAUACUCUCCAUUGGCCGCUUUGUCCGUCACCUGACGACUUCUGCCUGCGGAUCCCGAUUUACCCCAGAUUCAACUCUCGUCUCAACUGGCCUUGUGUGAAUCAAGGUCGUGCGAGUAAGCUCUGAGCGCGCCGAAGCUUCCUACGUUUCCCGCUCAUCAACCGUGCAUCCGCGCCUUGUGUGCAUCUGUCGGUUUCCUGCAUCACAAAAGGUACGUAGAGCCGCUUCUGCUUUGAAUUUCAAGCGAGGCACUCCUACACGCCAUUGCUGUACGUACAAGUUUUUCCAUUUACCAGCCAGUGCCAUCUCUCGUCGCUCCUUGCCGUCUUCUCGGCUGCCAUCUUGUUCUCUUGCCUAAACGGCUUCGCUUACUUCUCACGUGGCUGUGUGAACCGCCGCAUCAGCCACUACAGGCAGUAUUCAGCCACGACAUCAGCUCGCAUAUGCUGUGGUUGACCGUCUGAGAGACCGCUUCUGCCCCAUUUCAGCUUGCCACCUCACACACGUAUGCCCAAUCACUUGGGUACGCCUUCUCCCAGAUCUGUCGCGACUAGAGCAUCUUGAAGAGAGGGCUCCUGACUCGACAGCCCAACUCUACCCAAGCCAAACAGCUUGACCUUAAACCCACAACUCUCCAACUCGGUUUUCCAUUGCAUUGCAACUAUUCGUCAUUUGCUUCUCUGUCGAACGAAUUUUGGACGUCAGAAUUGUUACGCGUCUUACAUCUUUGGUCGAAUCCAGCUCUGAACCCCAACACGCCAUCAACGAAUUGCAACGCGACGAGGACGCCUAUCCUCGACACCUACCAAUCAAACUGGAUUGUUAGUGGAUAAUGGACUACGGCCAAUAUCAACAGCAAGGACAAAACACAAACUCAGGAUACGCGAACUCGGGUGCUGCUAAUAACAUCACUUCGCCCACAAACAACAUCAACCAACACGCGGUGCAAACGUCGCCCAUUAUCCCCCAGCAGCAGCACCAGGCCCAGCCUCAAGGACACAACAUGUAUCAACCACAAUACGGCGUGCCACAGCAGGGCAUGCAGCAAGUUUAUGGCAUGCCCGGAAUCCAGGCGGCCGCAAUGGCUGCGACCGCUGCCGCGUCUGGCUCCAAUUAUGGUUAUAUGCCCUCAGAUCCCAACAUGCCUCAAAGCUCCCCUCGUAUGGGCGGCGCCUCCGCUAAGAAGGACAAUCGCCAGUCCCCUCGCAUGAACAAUAUGACACAGAUUCCCGCCCGCCGAAUGAGCCAGGUCACCAGCCCGGGGGUUCCCAACGCGUCGACCAUGAUGAGCCACGCCGGCGCGCGACCGGGUGUUGCCCCACCUCAAAUGCCGGCCGCACAGAUGCAACAUCCGCAAUCCCCGGAGAUGCCGGCCGGAGGCGGCGUUGAGGAAUCGCCAUUAUAUGUCAAUGCCAAGCAGUUUCAUCGAAUUCUCAAGCGGCGUGUUGCCCGACAAAAGCUUGAGGAGCAGCUUCGACUGACCUCGAAAGGCCGAAAACCCUACCUUCACGAAUCGCGACAUAACCACGCCAUGCGCCGUCCGCGUGGCCCUGGUGGUCGCUUUCUCACAGCAGAAGAGGUCGCCGCCAUGGAGCGCGACGCUGGCAAGGGAGACGACAAAGCUGAUGGUUCCUCGGUCGGAGAUAAGACGUCUGGAUCCGCAGGAACCAAGCGCAAGUCUGCAGCCGACUCUUCAUCAACAAACAAGAGAGCUAAGACGGACACAGCGAGCCCAGGGGACGACGAAGAUGAAGACGAGGGCUGAUCGUAUACUGUGUAUAAAUCACCCAAGUCUCUUUUGUUGACCUAUAAGCGGUUUACGACGUCACGACAGCAGCACGAUUGUUCCUUCUUUUCCACUCCCCACUCGAGUCUAUUUAGGGGGUCGGCGACGGGCGAGGGGGUUUAUUGUCGACCGGACGGGGGUGUCUUCGGUUAAUAUGGGUCUGUGUCUUUUUUCUCAAGUUUUGACACCUUCGUUUACGGCUCUUACAGAGCUGUCGGGGCCAUGCCAGGACCCGGCAGGUCUCUUUCUUGAUUUUUUGUUUCAUUGUAAUACAGCACUGGACUGGCAACAGCAUGACACGCCUGUACUCGGAUGGGUGUGGCCUCAGGAAUAUCGGAUGGACAGAAUGCAUGGACGAUUCAACAUGAUGGAUACCCCCUCUUUGUUAUUUCGUUCGGGCCUUUCUCCUUUGUCUUUCGGUUCUCUCAUUCUUAUUUUUUGUCGAACUCUUUGAAGAUGGUUCGCAACUCGUACAACGUGGGUCUGGCACCAACGAAGUCACUUGGCUGUUGAUGCAUAUUGCCCAUGUAUGUGGGCAGGCAUUCCAAUACAAGUUGACAAGCGAGGGCGGGAUGGAGAAGAGAACAACAAACCCGAAUAUGCGAAAAAGAAGAAAAAAGAAAAAA